AUGAAGAGAGGACCGUUGAAGGUUCCCGCUUCACAGGCUCAAAAGAAGCCCAAGCUACAUGGCGACUACGAUCAGUACUACAAUCUGAAUAAAACGUAUUACAAAAAUCCAAUUACUUGCCAAAGAGCCAAUGAGUUCAACAAUGGUAAAAGAAAGAAACCGAUAGAUCUUUUGAAUCAUCAUAUCUCGACGCAAGGUAAAAGAGACAAUGUGAAAACGUUCAUCCAUUGGUUCAGGGGAGACUUGAGGACCCAUGAUAAUACAGGACUGUUCGAAGCCAUCAAACAAUUUAGAGAACGCAAGGACAAGACCUCUGGCCAGCUACUCACCGUCUUCACGAUAAACGAGCACGAUUGGAGAGCGCACUUGGACAGCGGGUGGAAGCUGAAGUUCAUGAUGAACGCUGUAUCUUCUUUGGGGGAAAAGCUCUCUAAAAUGUCAAUUCCGCUAUAUGUGCUUCAUUACAACCCUGAAUCUCCAUCCCUGAGUAAUUCGAAUCAAUUUGCAUCGUGGCUGAAAGAAGAAUGCUUAAACUUCGCCAAAGGUUCUGGGCCUGUUUUACUCACAGCGAAUGCACAAUAUGAAACAGAUGAGCUGUAUCGGGAUGUCAAAAUAUUAGAACAGAGUGACCCUUCGUUCAAGUUUAAGAUAUUUCAUGAUGCAUGUGUUAUUGAACCCAAACUUUUAACCACCGGUAAGGGAACUCAAUAUACAGUGUUUACUCCCUGGUACAAGAAAUGGGCGGCUGAAGCAACUUCAAGAAUGCAAAAAUCAAAAACUUUUGUUCGCGAACUAUCGAAUGAUCCUAUCAAGGAUGAGGAAAUAGAUUUCAAGCCGCUCCAGUACGAGUUGCCCUCCGAGUUCCUGUCGUACAUUCCUGAAGGAGCUCCGGAGCUUCCAGAGGCAUCUGAAGAUGCCGCCUUUCAACUGCUUUCUGAUUUCUUAGGCCAGCGGGCCCAUGCGUACGAUAAGAAGGAUUAUUUACCGGAUGAGGGCUCAUCACAUUUAAGUUGCUACAUUACCUCAGGGUUGAUUAGCGCUAGAUACAUCGUAAGUGAAGCAUCCAAACUCUCUAAUGGUGCAUUGGCGGCAAAAGAUAUCAAGAAGAACAGUCCUAUUCAGGAAUUCAUUCGUCAGGUUGCGUGGAGAGAUUUCUACAAACAUGCAUUUUGUAAUUGGCCUUUUCUGUCAAUGGACUUGCCCUAUAACUUUGAGCUUAAUGAGAUGAAGUGGAGCAAUGAUCAGGAAGCUUUCAGAAAAUGGUGUGAGGGGAAAACCGGAGUCCCUAUUGUUGAUGCCAUUAUGCGGGAAUUGCUGUGCACCGCCUAUGUAAACAACAGGGCGAGGAUGAUAGCGGCCUCUUUUCUCUGCAAGAACUUACUUCUGGAUUACCGUUGGGGAGAAAGGUGGUUCAGAAGACAUCUAAUAGACUUUGAUCUAGCUUCCAAUGUCGGCGGCUGGGGAUUUUGUUCUAGCACUGGUAUUGACGCUCAACCUUAUUUUCGAAUUCUGAACAUGGAAUUGCAGAGCAAGAAAUUUGACCCAGACGGGCGCUAUAUCAGGAAGUGGUUACCAGAGCUGAAAGAUUGCAAAGAUGUCCACACAUUUAAUUUGAAAAGAAACGGCUAUCAAUCUGCUAUCGUAGAUUACAAGAAAAGUCGUGAAAAGGCUCUAGCCACCUACAGGCAAAUUCUUUAG